UAUAACGUUUUGUAAUGUAUAAAGCAUUUUUUUUUUAUUAUACAUUUGUAGUGCAAAUAGCCAAUUAGUUAUUAAAUAAAGUUAAUAGGAAAAAAUGAAGCUUACAUUAUUGUUAACGGUUUUUCUGAUUACAAUGCAAGUGAAGAGUGAAAGCACUUGGAUGCCCAUUGUCAGUCCUUUAUUAAGUACUUAUCCCUGUAAGGACGACUCUGACAUAGUGGUCUGGUUUGAACCUGGUCUUCAGCCAAAGGAAAACAAUAGGUACUACGUCUAUGUGAAUAAACCUUUCCCUCAGGACUGCAAAAUUAGAAUGGUGUACGAUUCUCAAGUGAACACAACGUUUGUUGUUAGAACGGCGGGCGAAGAAUAUUCGAGAAUGUCUCUGUCGGAAGGCGACACGUUUGAGCUGCACUUCUUCGUCCCUCAUCAGGGUCUGGGGUUCAUUAUCCAGGGUACUGAACCUGGGGUCACCCCCUAUUUACUGAAUUUCAUUGUUGAUGGCGUGGAGUACUGCAAACAGCCAACAGUGGGAUUUCUAGAAAAAUACGCUUCCAAAACCAUAGAGAAGCAAUGGUCGUCGUGCGGGAUCCGUGUGGUCGAACACAAGGAGCUGAUUGUCGAUGGCUCGGACACCAAGCCCGGGGACUGGCCGUGGCACGUCGCCAUAUACAGGCUGGACAGAGCCACGCGCACCAACAAGUAUACGUGUGGAGGGACACUCAUAUCCAACAGCUUUGUACUGACAGCUGCGCACUGCGCUACGUACAGAGGAGCAAAGCUACAGAGGGAAGUACUUAGCGUAAUGCUCGGGAAAUACACCCUUGUGGGAGACGACGAGGAAUCUGUAGAAAAAGAGGUCCUCGAAAUAAUCGUGCACAAGGACUACUCAUACCAACCGUUACGACACGACAUAGCUCUCCUGAAACUAAGCACAGAGGUUGUGUUCAACGACUUCAUCCGACCUGCCUGCUUACUGCGCGCCGAGGAUAGGAAGAAGUUGAACACUGAACCAAAACAUGGCACCAUUGUCGGAUGGGGGUUGGACAAAAACGACAGUAUGUCUCGUUCACUCAAGCGAGCGACCAUGCCUAUAGUGUCAGAGGCCACGUGUCUAAAAAGCAACCCGUUUUUCUACUCUCAAGGCUUGAAUGAUGUUUACACUUUUUGCGCUGGAAAUGGUGAUGGAACAUCUGCCUGCAAUGGUGACAGCGGGGGUGCUUUUCAGGUGUUCAUCGCAGAGGAUGAAGACAUGGGAAGCGAUACGUUAGGAACAUGGCACGUGAAAGGAAUCAUAUCGAACACCGUCGCACGUUUCGAAUCGAACAUAUGUGAUCCAGAAAGCUAUGUCAUAUUUACCAACGUUGAAAGCUAUGUGGACUGGAUUGAACAGUAUUUACACGGCUAAAAUCUUAGUAGCAUCACAAAAUACACCUACCUACCUUCUAGGUACAUUCCAU